AGCUGCUAGUUAUAACUUCUUUUUAGCUUUAAGCAUGGUGUCUAGGGAGGGACGCCGCAGUUGUUUAAAUUUGAACCUCCUUUGCUGAAUUAAUUUAAUGUCUGUUUAUUAACGAGAAAGAAGGAGAAACAUUUUACUAGAAACUUGACAAGAAGAAAAAUUAUAGACAAAAUGGCUGAUGCAUUGUAUCAUUGUCCUGACCAAAAGAAAUUACAAGCAUUAAAAGACCUGGCAAAUAGAUUACGAAUUUUAAGCAUUGAGUCUACAAAUGCUGCCGGAUCAGGUCAUCCCACAUCCUGCUGUUCAAUGGCUGAACUGACUUCUGUUUUAUUCUUUCAUACAAUGAAAUAUAAAGUUAGCAGUCCACGUGAUCCAUCAAGUGACCGUUUCGUUUUGUCCAAAGGUCAUUGUGCACCAAUUUUGUAUGCAGCAUGGUCCCUCGCAGGACUUUUUCCUGAAUCAGACUUGAUGAAUUUGCGUAAAAUAGAUAAUGAUUUAGAAGGCCAUCCAACACCGCGAUUAAACUUUGUUGAUGUUGCAACUGGUUCUCUUGGUCAAGGUCUCAGUUGUGCUGCUGGGAUGGCGUACACUGGAAAAAAUUUUGAUAAAUCCAGCUACCGAGUGUUCUGUUUGAUGGGUGAUGGGGAAUCUGCUGAAGGUAGCGUCAUGGAGGCGGCCAACUUUGCCAGUUUCUACAAACUGGACAACUUAGUUGGAAUAAUUGACAUCAACAGGUUAGGACAAAGUGAUCCAACUUCAUUGCAACAUUUGACGAGCACUUACCAAAUGAGAUGGGAUAGUUAUGGUUGGAAUUCGAUUGUUAUUGAUGGUGGUAAUGUAGAAGACAUUUGCAAGGCAUUCCACGAUGCUGAAAUUACAAAAGGAAAGCCUACCAUGAUACUUGCAAAGACCUUUAAAGGAAUGGGAAUACCAGGAAUUGAAGACGAGAUGAAUUGGCAUGGUAAAGCCCUAGGAGAUAAAGCUAAAGCUGCUAUCGAAGCUAUCACUGCUCAGAUGGUCAACAAAAAUAUCACUGGUGAAAAAGUAAACACACAGACUGUUGUUGAUGAUGCCCCGACAUUAGAUAAAAGUCCGAUUAAGUUGUCUGAACCACCUACUUACGCUGAAGGCUCCAAGGUUGCAACAAGAGCAGCGUACGGAACAGCAUUAGCUAAACUUGGUAGGACAUCUAACCGUGUAAUUGCGCUGGAUGGUGACACAAAGAAUUCCACAUUCGCCAUUACUUUCCAGAAAGAAUUCCCAGAACGUUUCAUAGAGUGUUUCAUUGCGGAACAAAACAUGAUUGGUGUAGGCAUCGGUUGCGCGACCAGAGAUCGUACUGUCGCAUUCGCAAGUGCGUUUGCCUGCUUCCUCUCCCGUGGAUACGAUCAAAUUCGAAUGGGUGCUAUUUCUCAGACAAAACUCAAAAUGGUUGGAUCUCACGUUGGUGUUUCUAUUGGUGAAGAUGGUCCUUCUCAAAUGGCUUUGGAAGAUAUCGCUAUGUUCCGAGCUGUGAACAAUUGCGUGGUGUUUUACCCCUCAGACGCUGUUUCAUGCGAGAGAGCUGUUGAAUUAUCUGCAAAUAUUGAUUCCAUGGUCUACAUAAGAACAAGUCGACCUGCCACUGUUGCGCUGUAUGACAAGGAUGAGAAGUUCGAAGUUGGAAAAGGAAAGGUUGUACGGCAAAGCGACGCUGAUACCUGCUUACUUAUCGGAAGCGGAAUUACAUUGCACGAAUGUUUAAAGGCCUACGAAACCCUCAAAGCUGAGGGUAUAUCUGUGCGUGUAUUUGAUCCGUUUUGUAUCAAGCCUAUUGACGUCAAUGGCAUUAUUACAAACGCUCGCGCUUGUGGUGGUAAAAUUGUUACUGUAGAAGAUCACUACCCAGAAGGUGGACUUGGCGAAGCAGUAAGCGGAGUUGUGGCGAUGGAGAACGGUAUUCGCGUGAACCGAAUUGCUGUUAAUGCUCUCCCUCGCAGUGGUCCUCCUGCAGCUCUCAUAGAAAAGUUUGGCAUAGGUGCAAGCCAUAUAAUCAAUGCAGUUAAAAAAUCAUUUUAAUUGUUACGAUAUUGUAGUACAUAAUAUUUUAUCAAACGUCAAGAUUUAAUGCGUUAAACUCUGGGGAGGAGCUAAUGUCAGCGUAUUUUAAAUUCUCUGUAGUCUAUUGUGACCUAAUGAUGCACUUCUCCCCAUUGUUUAAUGCAUUCUUACUGCUAAUUCUUUAGUUCUUCAGUUUUGUUCAAAUAGGGUAUAAUUUUUUACAUUUGUGUGAAAUUACCAAGACGCUAGCAUAUAUAUUAAUUCUUGUAAUUAGGCUAUUUAAUAUUUACUAUUCUCUAUAAAGAACCUUUCGCAUUCGAAAA